AUGUGCGGUUGUACAGACCACCAGGAUGAGAUCCAGACACAGAAUGUUGCUACUUCUGCAUUACAAAUAAAGAACAAUGUUGCUAGAAAUUUAGCCAUGAAAAUAGAACAAGCACCUCCAUCAGAACAGGCACUUGAAUUAGAACAGAUCAAAUGGCCACAAGAAAAAGGACAAUAUUAUAGAGGGGGACAAGGAGCUAUUCUAGGAGAAUGGACACCAGAGGAGCAAGAGGAGCAAGAGGAGCAAGAGGAGCAACAGGUACAAGAAGAAGUACAUUAUGAUGGUGAAAGGAACAUAGAACACGAUUCAAAGGAAGAAGACAUCCAUGAAUCUAUAGAAUCGUUCGAUAUUCCUCAGGAACCAAUCGUUCAGGCACAGAAAGAAGCUGCGCAGUACAAAACACAGUUUUUUAGGGGACAAACAUAUGUUCCUUCGGGAGAAACAAGAACCCCUGAGGGAGAAACAACUGAGGAAUCAGAUGACAAAGUAGUGUACACAAGACCUUACAUGCUAAGUAGUGACAUAUCUCCUGUUGUCCUCCAGGCCCUAAAAACUUUUAGAGCGAUAUAUGAGCUCGAGACACCGCAGAUGAAGUACAGUAAUUGGCAAAAACGUGUGUACAAACAAGCAGGAUACAGAAAAGAAGAAUAUGAAAACUUAUUAAAACAACAUAACAAAAGACCAUCAAAAUAUAAUGAAAAAGAUCAUACACAUAAAAGGGAUGAAUUAUUAUCUGGGGAUUCUAGACCAUCAGGCAGACAUGAAGACUAUAGCUCGAUUGCAUUCAACUACGAAAUGUCCUGUUUCGAUGAAAGAUUGACGGAUUCUGCUAUAGAUGAAAAAUUAGGACAAAUUGAAGAAGAACCUCAUAAAUCGGAAUUACUCUCCCUAUACUGGCAAUCAUACAGAAAUGAAAGACAUAAAUAUGACAUAUUUUAUAAUAACUUGACAAAACAGAAUGAACAUGUUAAUAGUGUAUUUCGUACCAUGCUUGCAAAGGAAAAAUUGAGCACAUAUGAAUUCGAGAAGAUUUUAUAUGACAUUAGAGAAUCAUGGAAAGAAAUGGCCCUUAAGACAGCAGACGAAUGUAUAGCCUUUCUUAAAGAACCAAUUUACUUAGAAGCCGUAUACGUCAAGGAGGACCCGUAUAAUAUGAAAAUUGGACUUUCAGGUUUGAUCCCUGUGGGUCCCGCUCAAUAA